AUGCCAGAAAACUCAUCUACACCACAAUCAAUCCCUAUCCCUACCCCUAUCUCCACCGCCCCCAUGGCCUACAAAUUAACCCUCCAGUUCUCCCCCUGGUCUUUAUCCUUCCCCCGCCUCUUCCUCUCCGCGCUGGCGUCACCACCCAUCACUCGCCACCCACCGCCGCCAUACCUCGCGCCCCCGGGAAGCCCGGAAAGUGGUGACACCACCAGACCCUCCCAACAUAUCCCCGGAACCCCCGAAAGCUUCGACACUGCAAGACCCUUCCAGCGGGACGAGUACGACCCGUUCUUGGACAGGGCUGAUGCGUACUCAGAUUACGGGAGCAGCGGAUAUGCAGAGUCUUGUUAUAGCUAUGCAGAUAGAAGUGACGAGGUGCUGUCUUUGCUCUACGUACGGAGUAGGUGUGACGUUACCCCGCUACCGCCGUGUGGGGAGUACGGUGAUUUGUUGGAUUUUGAGACACCACUGCCUGUCCCUCGUGUCUCUGCAAGCCCCAGUGCAAGUGAAAAUGGCGAGCAUGAGGAGAAUCUAUCUGAGUUGUUGGAUCUCGUGACGCCGCUGCCGGUUCCUCGUCCCAGCGCAACCCCUCCUGCGAGCCAGAAGAGUUGGCAUGAGUAUAAGCCCUUUGAGUAUCUGUAUCAAACCCCUACCCCUGGUCAAGAUUCCUGGAGCUACGAGAACAUCUACUCCCCAUUGCAAGAGUACCACCUCGAGCUGCCAUCUCCAGCCUCUCUCUGGGAGUGGCGGUGGACUUUGAUAUCUAUUGUUUUGUUUUUGGUGGGAUGGUGUGCGCUGGCGGUGGUUGAGCUUGAGUGGGAUAGGCGUUAUGUGGUUUCGGGGAUGGCGUUGAUGUUGGUGUUCGCAGCGAGUGGGAGGUUGCGGGUCUGGUGGAAAGUGGUGAUGCGGGGAUGGGAGCUGUGGCGUAUACUAGUAGGGUAG